UUGACGUCACAGAGGGCCCCACCCCUACUGCCUAGCAGCAUGUGAGUGCGCAAUAUUGCUGGAGCGAAGUGGGGAACCUGCAAGCUUUUUGACCAAAAAAUAAUAGCAGAAACAGCAUACAGCGUAAGGAUGGAGGAAGCAGAUCAAGGUGCUGUGAGACCAGACUCUAUCCCAGAAAUAGGGGAGGAUGCAGUGACGUCAGUGACCGUGUCCCCUUCCAUCCCCACCCUGACAGAGGAGGAGCAGGAGGAGCUACGAGAGGAGCUGCUCAGGGUGGAGGAUGAGAUCUUGACUCUGUCUCAGGUGCUGGCAACUAAGGAGAACCAGUUGGCAGACAUCAAGAGGAAGCUGGGCAUCACUCCUCUCAACGAGCUCAAACAGAACCUCAGCAAGAGCUGGCAAGAGGUCACCACCUCUACAGCCUAUAAGAAGACGUCAGAGGGCCUGUCUGUGGCCGGUCAGAAGGCCACAGCAGCCUUCAACAACAUGGGCUCAGCUAUCAGCAGGAAGUUUGAGGACGUCAGAUUGCAGUCUAUUUCCAAUUCCUUUGGCAUACGCUCUCUACAGCAUUCUGCUAGUAUGCCUGUAAUGAGGAACACACCCACCUUCAAGUCGUUUGAGGAGAAAGUAGAGACUUUAAAGGUCAAGAUGAGCCCGGCGGCGUCUCAGGGUGACUUUGGCGACGUGUUGACCUCUACAGCAACCUCUGACCCGUCUGUUGUCGUGGAGAAACAGCCAGAGGCCACGCCCAUCGCCCUCCAGGAAGAACAUCUCCAGUGAGACCAGCCUGACCUUUCACCCCUGACCCCUAGCCAGAUUGACAUCCGCUGGAACUAUACUCUCUCUCACUCACACCUCCCGUCUUCACCUCCUCUCGCUACAAACCCACACAACAGAUCCAACAACCAAAAUAAAUAAACAAAAUGAUGAAAAUAUUGUUGUGACACCGUAACACUUAA